GAAAGAAAGAAAGGCGGGGGUGAUUUUGGUAAAUUAGAGCGGUAGAAGACAAAUUUGUACAGGCGCCAGCAGAGGGUAAUAUCCGCAUUACCAUUGGCGUCUUCCCCACUCCCCCGUACUGCACCCCAAUCGAUGGCCGGAGUUAUGGACUCGGCUCCCGUCGACAAGUGCAGUCCCGGCAAGGGCGAGCCUUCUCCUCCACCUCCACCUCCACCUCCGCCACAGCGACGGAGAAGCCGUGACCGUGACUAUCGGGAACAGAGAGAUGUAAGGGACUUUGAUAGACGACGUGGACGAAGGACCUACUCCGCUCGCAGUCGGUCCCCGCCGCUUCGAGGCCGCAAGUACAGCCGGGGCCGCUCUAGGUCCUGCUCUCCUCCCUCUCCUUACCGGGAUAGCCUAGGCGGUGACUCUCCUCCACGGCGAAGCUCGAAGCCACAUUUGUCGUACAAGCGCUCUCGGAGGGAAGACUAUGAUGGCGGCCGCCGAUCUCCUCGCUCGCGGCGGCGCUCUCCGCCGCCUCCCUCUUACAAGAGCUCCCGGAGAGAUGGCUACUAUGGCCGCGGUCGUUCUCCUCCCUCGCGCGGCUCGUUUCCCCACUCUUCUUACAAGAGCUCUCGGAGUAAUGACUACGAUUGUGGUCGUUCUCCUCCCUCUGGCCGCUUCUCUUCCCAAAUUUCUUACAAGUCUGCUAAGAGGGAUGGCUGGGAUGGCCGUCGCUCCUCUCCCUCACACUUUUCCGGCAAGGUCUCUCGGAGGGACGACUGGAAAGGUCGGGACUCAUCUCCUCCAGCGCGCCCUCUGUCACCCUUUUUGGACAGAGACAAGUCCUCUCCCAACUCCAUGGAUAAGUUUGACGGCGGACGAGGAAGCCCUAGAGAUGGACAAGAUGAACGGAGGUCUGUGCCUCCAACCAACCGUAAUGAUGAAUCUUUUGUCUGGCCUUGGAAGGCAAUAGUUGCUAAUGUUCCAGUUGAGCUUAAGGAUGGAAGGUUUGUUGGUGAUAGUGGUCACAAGAUGAAAGAGGAGUGGAUUGCCAAAGGGUAUAACCCUUUGAAGGUUCACCCUCUGUGGAGGAGCCGGGGCCAUUCUGGCUUUGCGGUUGUUGAAUUUAGUCGCGAGUUUUCUGGUUUUGAAAAUGCAAUGGCGCUUGUGCGAGAGUUUGAGCUAGGUAAACAUGGAAAGGUGGAAUGGGUCUCGGGGAAGAGAGACGACAAGCUUUAUGCUUGGAUUGCGGGUCGUGCUGAUUACAAUGCCCCUGGCCUAAUUGGCAAUUACUUGAGGAAAAGUGGAGACCUCAAAUCAAUUUCUGAGAUCCAAAAUGAGAACCAGAGAAAGAAUACACAGCUGUUUUCUGACUUGGCCAAUAAGAUAGAGUUGAAGAACAAGAAAUGUGAGGAGAUGACCAAAAAGAUAAGUAAAACUGAAGGGAAAAUGAACAAUGUGAUGAAGCAAAAGGAUGAAAUGCUUGCAAAAUAUAACAAAGAGCUGGAGAAGAUGCAACAGAAGGCUAUGGCAGAGCUGCAAAGCAUUCUGGGAGAGAACGAAAGAGCUAAACAAAAGUUGAAUGACAAACGCGAAAAGCUUAAACAGCUUGAAAGGGAUCUGAGAUUACGUGAAAAACUCAAUGAGAGUGAGAAAAGGAAGCUUGACAACGAUAAAGAAAUGAAUGAGAGGGCAAUUCUUGCUCAAAAAAAGGCUGGUGAGACAAUGUUAAAAUUGGCUGAAGACCAAAAAAGAGAAAAGGAGAAGUAUCGCCAAAAAAUCAUUGAGCUGGAAAGAGAACUUGAUAGGAAGCAGGCACUUGAAUUGAAGAUAGAGUCGUUGAGAGGUGAAGUUGAAGUUAGGCGACACAUGGGUGAGGAAGGAGAUUUGUCAGCUAAGAAAAAACUGACAGCAAUUGAAGAAGAGUUGAAGGAGAAGGAAGAGGAGCUUGAAUGUUUGGAAAACCUGAACAGUGAACUUAUGAUAAAGGGUCGGCGCGACAAUGAUGAAGUGCAAGAUGCUCGUAAAGAGUUGAUCAAAGGAUUGAUAGACAGCCGUGCCAACAUCUGCGUGAAGAGAAUGGGGGAUCUUGAUACAAGGCCAUUCAUUAACGUUUUCAAGAAUAAACAUCCGAAAAAAGAAGCAGAGCAGAAAGCUCUUGAGCUGUGGACAGUGUGGGACAAUCACCUAAGAGACCCACACUGGCAUCCUUUUAAGUGCAUCGUUAAGAAAGGAGAUGGCUCAGAUAAGUCUGCUGAAGAGGUGGUGGAGGAGGUCAUAGAUGAAGAAGACGAGAGACUGGCGGGUCUGAAGGGGGAGCACGGCGAGGAAGUGUAUGAAGCCGUGACGACCGCAUUGAAGGAGAUGAAUGAGUACAACCCUAGUGGGAGGUACCCAGUGGCAGAGCUGUGGAAUACAAAGGAGAACAGAAGGGCUUCAGUCAAGGAGGGAGCGGAGCUAAUACUGAAACAGUGGAGGACACUCAGGGGGAAGAAGAAGACCUGAGAGCAGGGUAUACUACUGAUAUGGAGGUAUAGUACUAAUUAACCACUACUAGAAGAGCAUUGGGUAAUUAUCUAUUGGCCUAGAACUUUUGGGUAUUUAGCCCAUAAUUUAGAUGUCUAACAUCUAACAUCAGAAGGUAGGUGGCCUUAAGG